AGGGAUUCAGUCAGUGGUAUUGCAGAUAUUCACAAGCAAUGUCACUGUUUAUAGAGAAAGAGAGAGCCCUCAUUCUUCCUGCUUGAUUUUACUUCAGGAAUUCCCCCAUUCUCUAUUGCAGCCAUUUUUUUCUCAGUGAGCUUUGUUGGCAGUUUGUAUUUUCCCUCCACACGCAGCUGCCUGCCUUUGGUCACUUUUCUGUCUGUGUCUCUUGUAUUGGCUCCAUUACCACAGCACUGAGAGGGAGGCGGGGCCAAAGUAGUCCCAUUCAGGCAUUGUAUCGGCAACACCCUCCUCUCCCUGCUGUUGCACAGGAGUCUCUCCCUCCUCCCUCUCUAGUGACAUACAAACUUCGUCUGCUCCUCCCAUACUGCAGUGCCUGCCUGGGAAUCCCGGCCCUGAGCCACACUUCUAACCGGGACCUUGUAAAAGCUUCUUAACCCAUGCACCGUCGCAGCAGUCCCAUUCAGCCCCGGAAAUAGCUAAACAGAGCAGGAUAAUCCAGCCCAUCCCGAGAGACCUGCCUGGAGUGGCUUCCUCAUUCCACCUCUCCCCUCCCUUUAAACACACUCUCCUUCCUUCCGCCUCCAUGGGGUUCCUACUGCUCUCUUGGGAGACUUUUAAACUACCUGGAUAAUAAAAAGAAAGGUUUUUAUAUAAUAUUUUUUCAGUUGUUUACAAAAACUUCUCAUUAACUUUGUAAGAAUUUGGGACCCAGCUGGCCAUCCACCUGCAUUUUUCUCCUUUUCUCAAAUUAAGGAUUGAGGCUAAUUAAUGAAACAGUUGCACUUGUUUUCCUCCAUGGAGUAAACCUAAUUAUGGAGCAUGCUGAGUACAAACUAUAACCAUUCCAAGGCUUUGCACCUGUUGCUCCCAGGAAACAACAACAACAACAGCAGCAGCAGAACAGACUGACACUUUGUGUGCAGGGAUUUUGCAACUCUCUAUUUUUUUUUAACCCUUUUUUUGUGCAAAUCAGAAAAGGAAUAAAAUGAAAGUAACAGUUUGCUUUGGGAAGACUGCAAUUGUUGUGCCUUGUAAAGAUGGAAAGAUGAGCGUCAGAGACCUAAUCCAGCAAGCUGCGCAGAGAUUCAUCAAAGCCAAAGAAAAAGAGCCAGGAUACUGGGUAAAGGUUCAUCACCUAGAAUAUCAAGAUGGAGGUAUCUUAGACCCUGAUGAUGUUUUGGCAGAUGUUGUUGAGGACAAGGAUAAGAUAAUUGCUGUGUUUGAUGAACAUGAAGCACCCAACACAAAUGAAGAUGCAGCCAAUGUCAUAGACCAUAGCAGCCCUGACCCAUUUGAAGCAGAAUUAUCAGCUCAGCGUUCUGCCUUCCAGCCACUUCGAGGAGAAAUUGAUGUCACAUCUUCUGCUUUGAAGAUAGGAACUCCUUUACUAGUGAGAAGGAGCAGUGACCCAACUGUGGGACCAGCUGAAUUUCACCCAUCUUCUUCUGCUGAGCAGAAUGUAACUGAUUCAGCACAGGGAUUGUGCAGAGUACUUGCACCAGAUGAACAGAAAGAUCUCAACUGGCAGGAAGAACAUCCUGGAUUACAGAAACCUCCAUAUAAAAUGAGAGAAAUCACCAGAAAGGUAGAGAUUUCAGGGAGUGGAGGACCACUUGGCAUCCAUGUUGUGCCUUUCUAUUCUUCUCUAAGUGGAAGAGCUCUGGGGUUGUAUAUUCGAGGAAUUGAAGAGAGCAGCCGUUCUAAGCGAGAGGGUUUAUUCCAAGAAAAUGAAUGCAUUGUGAAAAUCAACAAUGUGGAACUUAUAGACCGAUCAUUUGCACAAGCACAAGAUAUCUUCCGACAAGCGAUGAAGCAACAAAAUGUGCUGGUAAAAACCGUGCUGCCAGAAAACCGUGACUUGUAUGAAAAGUCUGUCAUUUCUUCACUGUAUCUAUUGGAUGAUGAUAUUGAUGAGGUUCCUGACAUUAAACCACCUCCUCCUCCCACUGUAAAUCGAAAUGUUAAAAUGGCAGAGCAGAUAAAUGGAGUUGAGUCUACUGGAGCCAAAAAACUGCAUCCGCCUCUUAGUCCAAACCAAAUAUCUACAGGCAGCACGUUCUCUUCACCAUCGCUCUCCCCUUUGGGUUUUGGAAACAAGAAAAAUGCUAAGAAAACAAGGAUUGAUCUAACUAAAGGUGCAGAGGGCCUUGGAUUCACAGUUGUCACUAGGGAUUCCACUGUACAUGGGCCUGGCCCUAUUUUUGUGAAGAAUAUUUUGCCAAAAGGAGCUGCAGUUAAGGAUGGGAGGCUUUUGUCUGGAGACAGAAUACUGGAGGUGAAUGGGAAGGACAUUGCUGGAAAGACUCAAGAGGAGCUGGUAGCCAUGCUCAGAAGUACUAAGCUUGGAGAGAGUGUUUCAUUGGUGGUGGCCCGGCAGGAUGAAACCUUUUUACCACGUGAACUGAAGGGAGAGACAGAAAAUCUUGUAUUUCCCCCGGACAACACGGCACAAAUGACAUUUGAGAUACCACUGAAUGAUACUGGUUCAGCCGGACUAGGAAUAAGCCUGAAAGGAAACAAGUCCAGAGAAACAGGCGCAGAUCUCGGGAUCUUUAUUAAAUCUAUCAUACAUGGAGGUGCUGCCUUUAAGGAUGGCCGUCUAAGAGUAAAUGACCAGCUGGUUGCUGUAAAUGGAGAAAGCUUAUUGGGAAAGUCAAAUCGAGAAGCUAUGGAAACACUAAGGAGGUCUAUGUCUAUGGAGGGAAAUAUCCGUGGCAUGAUACAGCUGGUUAUCCUUCGUAGACUGGAUUGGCAAAUGGAGGAACGAUUGGAAACUGUUCAAAGAAAUACUACAGAUAAUCUUGCCAUCUCUGAACAGAAUGGUGUGCAAGAGAAGCUGAAAGAUUCAUUGAGAUUUAAUGAUCAGAAUUCAGAGAAUGAAAUUCCACCCCCCAUCCCACCUUAUCCAAAGGAGCAUAUCAUUGUCGAAUCUCCUAAACUUAGGAAUGUAGCAGAAUCUCAAUCGACUGAUUCGCUGAACAUUAAAGCAUCAAGAAGCAUGGAUAUAGGGUCUCCUGGGAAAGACUUGGGGCCACGUCUGGGUCUUAAAAAAUCCAGUUCACUUGAGAGUCUACAGACUGCCUUUGCAGACGUCAAGAAAAAUGAGCUUCCCUUCUACAGACCCAGACCACAUAUGGUCCGUGGCAGAGGAUGUAAUGAAAGCUUCCGGGCUGCUAUUGAUAAAUCCUAUGAUGGACCAGAAGGAGAAGAAGAGGAUGCCCUGUCCGAUCUCAGCUCUCACUCUGGCCGAGAAUCCCCAAACAGUGAAUUUGUUCCACUAGGAAAUCAGGAGACCGAGGAUACUGAUAAAUCCAAAAAAGAAAAGAAAAAGAAAGAUGCUAAAAAAGAAAAGACCAAAACAAAAGGGAAAGAAAAGAAGAAAAAGGAUGAUGGGGAAGAGCAGGAGAAGAAAGCCAAGAAAAAGGGCUUUGGCGUUUUGGGCAGGCUUAUUAAGAAGAAAGAAGAGAAAGGUAACCAAAAGCAAAGCAUGCUGAAAGAGGAGGAAAAUGAAGUUGAAAAAAUGAAGGAAGAACGUGAAAGAAUUAACAUUAAGCACCAAGAACUUCGAGAACAGCAGGCCAAGAAUUCAUAUGGCUAUAACCGGAGUCAUGACAUGGAAGAUGAUGAUAUGGACCCUAAUUAUGCCAAAGUAAACCAUUUUCAAGAAGCUCCACCGCACCAUAAGGUGCACCGUCCUUAUUCCCCUCCAAUAACUGUCCCUCCAAGUUAUCCGUGGGAGAGCCAAGUACUGCCAGAGAGAGAAAAUCUUCAAGACACUUAUGCCAAGAUAAACAAAAAGCAGCAGGCACCAGAUAAAUCUGACAGGAAAGUACAUUUUGCUGUUAUCUGAAAAUGAGCCUAUGAUAAGGGACGAAGCAAAACCAAAGGACUACUUUAAACGUCCACAUGAAAUGUUGGGGUAUAAACAGUGAUAACACAAAGCUGGAAUACAUGAACAUGAAUGGCAUGUAUUUCAGCAGAACAGUUUAAAUCUGCCCCAAAAUUCUAAUUUUAUUGGAGGGAAGUCUCUUGAUCCUAAUUGCUUGAAUCUUUUUCCAUUGCAGUCACGCGUUGGAUUAAAAUGAACAAUCACACGUUAAUACACUAAAUCUGAUUUCAAAUUUAUACACUUUCUCUUUUUGUCUUAGGCAUAAUAAAUGAGCGGAAGACUGUUUAAAAUAGUGUAUCAGAGUUCCACCCAACAUUUGAUGCAAGGGCAGCAUUAUUUUGGAUCAAUACCUACAUUGAAAUUUGUACUGAGGCUUUGAAUGCGCAUUCUAGGGCAUUCGGCUUUUAAGUGUCAUUUCAGUGUUACACAGCCUUUGUGUUUAGGAGCAUUGUCCAACUAAAAGAUAAACUUUCAAGAUGAGAUCUUUGUAGCACAUAGCAUAUCUCCUCUCCAACAUGCGACAAAGCAUUCAAACAUAGCUUUGGAUGCUUUGGAACAUUGUAUAAAGUAAUGGUCUUGUAAAAACAUGAAGGGGUAAACCAUUCUUGUGCCGCUCUAAAAAUAUUGCUCUGACCAAAAUUCUACAUGGAGUAAAUUUUUUGAUGUAGUAGAGUCCAAAUUCAUGAAAUAGCUUGGGACACUAAUGAUGAAAUAAUACUGCAACAAUCUGCAUAUGAUGUUAGAAUAAUGCAACAGGUCCCAGUACACUUCACGCUUAGGCUAAUCAGGCUGAAACAUUGAAGUAUAAAUCUUAAUUUACUAUAAUACAAGGAAUUGCUUCAUUAUUGUUGGAUGGACAUGAAAGAGUUAAACUGCUGCUGUUAAAGCCCCUAUAACUAGUCUUGCUCUCACGUGUGCAGUAUAUUGUUGCCAAGCCUAGAGGCCAUUGUAUUGUUGUUUCUGCCUCAAUUAUUAUGACUGUCAUUUGGAAAGAAGCGAAUACAUUUUACUACAAAAAGAGAAAGAUGUUAAUUUCUAGAUAAAAUAUAAUGAAGCUUUUUCUCAAUCACAAAUGAUAGUUCUGGACAUGUUUCAUCUCAUGCUGAUUCUAUAAAAUUGCCCAGAAAUGUGAAAAUCCUGCAAAUCUUUUCUGUAUCGUACACAGACCCAUGUUUUCUAUCGUUGCUGUAUUCUGCAUAUGCUGGUCAUUUCUAUGGGGCAGAUUUAUUGAAGUGUGAAAAUUCUAGGAGUCACCCUGGUGCAUAAUGUCCAAUAACCAUGUAGUAGUUUAGUGUGGCAGUGAAACAACAGUGCUGAAUGUAUUCCUUUAGGCCCCAAAGUGAGACUGGAGUGUAGUUGGCAGAGUUUAGGAUGUUGUUCCCUUACCAAGAAAAGUGUAAAUUUAUUUUAUGCCCUUCCUUGUUACUAAAUAAACACUUUAGUCUAAAUGAAGCUUUCUAAAAAUGUAUGAACCCAUAUCAGUAAAAAGCAAAAAGUAAUUUAAAACAGAAUUAACUUCUGAUGUCCUCCAAGGUGACAAUUUUACUUGCUGUAAUUUACUGAGCCUUCUGAUUAAAGAUCUCAUCUUAUGAUUUGGCAUUUUAGUUCUGCAUCAGCCUCACCUGGGUCAGCUCAAAAUAGCAAGUCAUUUGUAGGCACUAUGACCUUCUAAAAUGGUAUCAACUGCCUUUGUAACCUGCCCUCUUGUUUGAGGCCAUAAUAUAUUAUCUAAGUGGAGAGAUUAUUGAAGUUCAUUUUCACUAUUCCUCCUCAUUCUGUCUUCAUUCAGGAGUUGGGUGUCAGAUGAAUGAUCCAAUAUAUCUUAUAGGAGGCUCCUUUUGCCUAGUAGAUGUAUUAGAGCACCUGAAAUCCUGUCUCUCUACAUGCAGAAUUUGUGCAAUUUGUACUGGGAUCCAUUAUUUCAGUGAGCUCUAAUACAUCUGCUAAGAAAGGGAGCCCCCCUAU